AUGUCAAACAAACAAAAUCACCGGACAUCAGGUGAUGAUAAUGGCCAAGCAAGAAGGCCAAAGGUGGAGCAGAUAGAUGGCGACUCAUUUACUGAUACCAUACCUGAAAUGGCCAGGUUGAAAAAGUACGAAAUAAUUAAAAAGUUGGGACAGGGUACAUUUGGGGUCGUACAGAAGGCACGAGACAGACCAACUGGUGAAAUAGUUGCGAUAAAGCAACUCUUGAAUCAUCUGGCUAAAGAGGGAUUUCCGAUUACAGCCAUGAGGGAGAUUACGAUUUUGAAGCAGCUCCAUCAUCACAACAUUCUAAAUAUAAAAGAACUUAUUUUUGAAGAGGCCGAAGUGACAAAUCCAGCCGAUGUGGUAACACAAAGAGGGUCAUUCUAUACUGUUUCUCCAUACAUGACAAGUGAUUUGGUUGGAAUUCUCGAAAAUCCCGAUGUAAAGCUACAGCUUAAUCAGAUAAAAUGUAUAAUGACUCAACUAUUGGAAGGUACACAGUAUAUUCACGAGCAAAAUUUUCUACACAGAGACAUCAAGGCUGCCAAUAUAUUGAUAGAUAACACAGGUGUUUUAAAAAUAGCAGACUUUGGUUUAGCUCGACUAUACCACGGAGAGAUACCACGAUUGGGAAUGGGUCCAGGGGGCGGGGAGAAAGCCUACACAGCACUCGUUGUAACGCGUUGGUAUCGUCCACCGGAAUUACUACUAGGUGAGAGAAAGUACACCACAGCCGUUGAUCUUUGGGGCAUUGGAUGUGUGUUUGCCGAAUUGUUCACACGUAAACCUAUACUUGUAGGUAAAAGCGAUGCCCAUCAAGCCCAACUUAUAUUUGAACUUAUUGGACCGCCAAAUACUUGGACCGAAGCAGCAAAGCUACCGAACAAGACAGAUUUCAAUAUCGGGUUGACCUGCAAGCGAAGUCUUGAGAAAAGGUUCGAUUCAUUAAUGCCUCCUUCAGGUGUCAAGCUACUAAGUGGAUUGUUGACUCUUGAUCCUUAUAAAAGAUUCAACGCAUUGGAUGCUUUAAAUCAAGAUUUUUUCAAGAGUGAACCAUUGCCUUUACGUCCAGAAGAGAUGCCUCAAUUUGGGGAGUGUCACGAAAUAGAUAAGGAGAAGUUUAAAAAGCUUAGAGAAACAAAUAACCUUCCCUCUAGGCCGGAGUCUCGAAACCUCCUUGAAGGCAAGAGAUUUGAUCGCGAUGAGGAUAAGUUUGCAACCAGAGGUACCCCCAACCGCGAUGACUACGAUGAUUAUGAAAAGACUUAUGUACGACGUUCCACUUCCAGACAAGCCCUUCAUCAUCAUAAUUAUAUUUCUUAUGGAGAAGAUCAGCCUAGACAAAGAACCAACCAGGCUAGAUCCUAUUACGAUGAUCGUGGUCAAAGGACUCAGGAUGAACGGGGUCAAAACGGAUACGCUGAUAAUGAAUUCGAAAACGAUAGGGCACCACAUAAGAAUAUUGAUUACGGCGGACCCAAAAAUUUUGAGGCAAACCAGGUUUACCCAUAUAUACCACGACUGGAAUUGAAUGACUCGCUGUAUUCUAGGCGGGAUUCUCCUCAUCCGUUGAGCAGAGCUGACAACAGGGCCAACAAUAAAGCUCAAUGCCAAAAGAAUAAUGAUCAAUUAAACUAUCUCGAAAGAAGGCCUCCUUCAAAGGCCCACAAAACUUCUGAAAAACAUUUGCCUAGUGGAGGCUACAAUGAAGAAAGAGUUUCUCAAGCGACAGGCGACCGCCAAUACAUUUCAAACACAUCUUACGACAACAAAGAUGCACGCAAAAAUGACCCUAGUAUUUCGAUAGCCAGAUCAAGUCCAGGAUCAUCUUUAGACGAGGCAUCUCUGGUUAUUGACAUUGAUUAUAAAAACAAUGGUGACGACAAAAUGGGGGAGAAUCGAAAACCAUCUGCGCCAAGUGGACAUACACAACCUGGUUUUGUAAAAGGAGAAAAUAGCGGUGGAAGCAAUGAGGCUGCAAAGGAUUCAGACGAUAAAAAUGUCGAAAGCACAGCUAAAGUUCCUACGUUCACGGCACCCGGAGAAGCAAGCGAAUCAAGAGAAGAUGCUAGGGGAAAAGACAUUUCAGAACGAAUCGAUAAAUCUAGAUCUGAUAUAGGUGAUGAUUCAAUCACAGAAAAUAUCCGAAGUGGUGUAAGUGAAAGAAUCGUAUCUACUGCAGCAGUGAAUGAUUUCACAACAAGAGAUCACCAGAGUUUGCCUAGUCUGGAAUCUUCCACAGGACCAGCUGUCAACAAAACGAGAAAAAAGUCGGUGCCAUAUGUCCACGGUGGCUUGAGCGAAAGAAUACUUAAUUCAAGAAGCAGCUCACCCCUGGUACUACCUCCAAAUCUGAAACAAAUGAAAACGCCAAGUGUUGACAAGCCAGAAGAGUCGAAAGUGGAGAAGGUGGAAUCCAUUCCUAAGGCCCAGAGUCAAGACAUAGAGCUAAAAAGGUCCAGUUUGCCCCCGACCGCGGAUAAAGAACGACACGGUGGUAUUCCUUCUCUAAGGAGAGUAAGUGUAACCAAGCAGCUGGAAAUGAAGGAUUUAUUUGGCAAAGCUAAAAUAAAUUCAUUGCCAAUUUCGUUAACACGCUCACAACUACCCAAGCCCCAAAUUAAGAGUUCAAAGGAUUCAAGAGAAACUUCAUCUAAGGGGCUAAUGACCGACUACGCAAUAAAGACAACCAAAGGGACUAAACGAAAUCACAGCUACAUAGAUGACGAUGUACUGGAAAGCGACUUGAGUGAAGUGGAUGUUAUCCCAGAAGAGGGUGGAAGUCGCAAGCUACUUGAGAAUUUCUUGAAUAAAGAGGGCUAUAAGCGAGAACCAAUCUAUCGGAAGCAUAUGAGUGAGUCGAGGAAGUUCAGACGGUGA